AAAUAUAGUAGUGUUAGUGUAGUAGCAUAUUUAUUAUCACUUUCCACACGAAAUGAACGAGAAUUUAUGUUCACCGAAUUUACAAAUAAGUUUUCAAAAAAUUUGUAGAACUUGUUUAACAGAAAAUGAGGGUUUGCAAAGAAUUUGUCGUAUUGUAGAUUUAUUAAAAGAAUGUACUUCAAUUCAUGUCGAUAUGGCAGAUGAUUUACCAAAAUUAAUUUGUCUCGAAUGUACCAAAAAACUAAAUAUCGCCUUUUUAUUUAGAAAACAAUGUGAAUUGUCUGAAAAAACUUUGUUACAACUAAGAGAAUUUAAGGAAACAUCUAUUAAGCAUGAAAAGUUAGAAAGAAAUGAAGUUUAUAUUAAAUCCGAGGGUUCUAAUGAUUUACACAAAGAUAAUUUGUAUACAUGUGAUGAAAAUAAUACAUUUAAAAUAAACAAUGUGUUAAGUUUUGAAAAUACUAAAUUUAAUGAAAAUAAAAAUUCCUUAGAUGAUACUAAAAUAAAAAAUAGUAGCUUAGAAGGAAAUCAUAAGACAGCUAAGAAAAAUUUACUUUGUGAUUUUGAUGAUCAACUUAUCAAUGAACGAUUAUUCAAUGAGCACAAUGAUUCAGUACAGGAAGAUAACGAUUACGAAAUUCCUGAUCAAUUAUGUAGUGACCAAUCUGUAGAUUCAAAAACAAAUAAAUGGAAUAAUAAAUUUAAAGGAUCCAAUAGAAAAUUGAAAAUUAAAAUAAAUCGAAAAUUGAAAGAAGAAACAAAUUAUAAUACAAUAACCGAUGGCCUGGUAUGUCUUGACUGUGAAAAAUCUUUUGAAUUAGAAGGAGAUCUUGAAAUUCAUAUGCUGAAACAUCAAAAGUUUGAUAAUUUUAUUUGCCCUAAAUGUUCCAAAUCUUUUGCAAAUAGACACAAUUUAAGAAGACAUUUAAACACACAUAUGAUUACAAAACCUUUUAAAUGCAAAUUUUGUGAUAAAAGUUUUGCUGCACCUGGUGAUCGAAAUCGUCAUUUACGACUUCAUACGGGUGAAAAACCGUACAUAUGCACAACGUGUGGUAAAGCAUAUACAGAUAGUAGUCGAUUAUCAAAACAUAUGAAAUACCAUAGCGAUGUAAAGGAUUUCGCAUGUACAGUUUGUCCUAAAUCCUUCUUGUUUCCAAAUGCACUUCGAGUUCAUAUGCGUGUGCAUACUGGUGAAAAACCUUAUUUAUGCACUGAAUGUGGAGAUAGUUUUAAAUCAGCAUUAAGCUUAAAAACACAUGAACGUAAACAUACAAGAGAUGUAGAAGGUGUUGAAGAGGAAUUGUUUUGCUGUAAUAUUUGUAGGAAAAUUCUUACAUCAAAUCAAAGUUUAUCAAAACAUAGAAGAACACAUAGUAAAGGAAAAUGAAAUAAUCUGAACUACCUAGAUCGUAGAGCAUCUUGUUGAUAUAUUUAUUAAUGUACAUAGAAUAUUAUCUUUUUUUUUUUACAAAAUUUUAAACAAAAUUUAUUUGUAUUUUUAUGAAGACUGAUUAUCUAAUUUAAAGAUAUUCUCUGAAAUCUGCCUUAU